AUGACAGAAGCUGCUGGAAAUCCAAAGAAAAAUAGAGAGAAGAUGGCAGAAAUAAAGUUUGAGAAAUUUGGAUUUGGCUAACUCAACGUAGGAAUCCAGGCUUUGCUUCCCUUAUUUGCAGAAGGGUUGAGAACAGCCUUAUUACUUGAUGCAGGAGAUGGUGUCACCCAUUGUAUGCCAGUAUAUGACGGAUUCUGUUUGAAUCAAGGAGCUUAGAGAAUGAAUAUUGCAGGAAGACAUGUUACAGACCAAUUAGUCAAAUUAUUAUUCCAAAGAGGAUACGCCUUCAAUUCAUCAGCUGAUUUUGAAUUAGUAAGAGAAAUCAAAGAGGCUUUAUGCUUUGUAAGUUCAGAUAUCAGAAUGGAUACUAAAUUGGCACAAGAGACAACCUGUCAUGAAAGUACAUUCAGAUUGCCUGAUGGAGGAAGAGUUAAGAUUGGUCAAGAAAGAUACAUGGCUCCAGAAAUCUUGUUUUCUCCAUGGUUGCUAGGUAAGGAUGCUCCUGGAUGUGCUGAUAUCGUGUUCAAUGCCAUCUAAAAAUCUCCUAUCGAUGCAAGGAAGACCUUCUAUGAAAACAUCCUUAUAAGUGGAGGUACUACGAUGUUCCCAGGAUUUCCAACUAGAUUGUAGAAUUAAUUGAGAACCAUUUUCGAAGAAACUGUAUUAAAAGGAAAUACUGCAUAUGCUGCUAAUUCUAAAAUUAAAAUUAAAGUCUUGGAUCCCGCAAGAAGAAAGUACAAUGUGUUCAUUGGUGCUUCUUUCCUGUCUAAUGUAAUGAAGGAUAAAAAGAAUUUCUGGAUCUCAAAAGAAGAUUGGGAGGAAUAGGGAGCUGAAAGAGCCAUGAUGAAAGUUAUGGAAUCUUUAAUAUGAAAUAAAUAGUCGUAUUGCAAUUUGAUAUUGACAAAUAAUUAUUUCUUAA